AAGUGUAUCUCGCUCUGUUCAUGUAGCUAACGCGUUUAGUGCAAGAUUUAACAAGAAAAAAUGUUGCUUUUGUUCUUAUUUUAUCUCUGAAAAGUCCCUCUUAAGUGUAAUUAGCAGCACAUGUUUACGUAGAAUCAACGAAAGCAAGCAUUUUUUGCCUUCUUCGCGAUGUGUGACGGCUUCAACCACGGAGCCCUUCAAACUGCUGUAGCGCAGAUAUGCCAGUCAAUGGGAUGGGACGCCUUGCAGAAAUCAACACACGACCUCUUGACAGACGUUUUACAAAAAUAUCUUGAAGAGAUAGCAAAGUCAGCUCAUGGAUACAGCCAGCUUUACUGUCGAACUGAACCUAAUCUGGACGACCUGAACUUAGCCUUCCAAGAUAUUGGUGUUUGCCUCCAUGAGUUGGAAGAUUUUGUGAGCCAGGUAGACCAAGUUCCAUUUAUUCACCAGUUGCCACGGUAUCCCAAGCCUAAACCUUGUGUCCUCCAUCAUCCACGUAAUGGAGAGAUCGCGGAGAGACUGGAGCAGUACUAUGACUACUUACCUCCUCUGGUCUCUAAGCUUCUUCAAAAUGAAGAUGAAGGAAAAGCAGCAGCAGAGGAUGCAGACACAGUUGAUGCAGGAGAAGAGCAAGGAAGUGCAGAGGGAUUUGUGAGAAAUGAAAUAAAGACAGUUGGGGAGGAAACGUCCAGUCAGCAUGUGGCCGUUAAAAGGCCCCAUGAUACCCCCCCAGGCUUGGAAAGUGAAAUAAAGAAAAGACGAAUAGACCUUCCUUUUAUGCAAAAAGGGAACAGGGGCAAUGAAAUGGACAUCCUAGAUGCAUUGCAAGGGAAUUUGUCCUCGCCAUCGCCAACUCCAUCACCUGAUGUUUGGAGUACAGCAAAAACAUUUGAGAUUCCACCAACAUCAGCUGUACCUCCUGUUAUUGCCACCUCCUCUAAAGAAAGUGCACCAUCUGCUAAAUCCACAGCUAAACCAAAGGCAGAAGACAAAAAAGCAGUUAGGGCUGACAAACAAGCUGGAAAACAACCAGCUGGGAAAGCUAAAUCAAGCCCAAACAAAAAAGUCAAGACUCCCAAGAAAACACAAAGCCCUGUGAAAAAAUCAACUUCUUUGACAAUGGCAGUGCCUCCAAAAUUGCCAAAAGAAAAAUCGCCAUCCCCAAUGAAAUCGCCGCUGACAAACAAAAAGGAAUCACCUGCCAUAGAAACUGAAGCUAAGACAAAAACCCCUGCUAAGAAAAUCAAAACUACUCCAAAAACAGAGAAAAAAACAGGCAACAAGACUAAGAAACCUGUGGCAAAAUCCCCGUUGACAAAGGCAGUGCCUGCUGCAGCGAAAGAGAACAUUCAGGUGAAAGAAAGUAUGCCAAAAUUAAUCAUAAAACCCAUUAAGAAGGAGGUCAAUGAUGACCAGCAGUUCACGGUGUCACAAUUGUUGCCUCCAGAUCAUGCAGAUAAACAAGAGAAAUCACAGCCUCAGAAAUCAAAACGUAAAGCAGUUCCUUCGAAGAAACCAAAAGUCAAAAAAGAGAAGGAAAUUCUUGAACCUUCAGUAAAAGUUGAACCAAAAGAAUGGAGCACUCCUUCCACUAGUGAAGGACUCAAAUUUUCCAUGGCAGAAUUUGCAAUGGCAUCUGGUGACAGCAGUGUGCCAGGAAAUCUUUUAACAGACCCGGCAUUGGAACACAAAAAGAAAAAAAAGAAAAGAAAGGAAAAGGAUAAAGACAGAGAAAGGAAAAAGGAUAAGAGCAAAAAGUUGAAGACAGAUCAUUCAGAACUGUCACAGGCAAUACCAUUCGCAACACCUCCUAUUCCUCGUAUCACAGUGAAGUUAGAGACCACUUCCCAACCAGCAUCACUAUCAAACAAGGGGACGGCCAAGACAGAAACUUCACAAAUAGAACAUGGAGCAGAUGGUACAGAGAGACUUGCCCCAUCUGUGGCAAGCAGUCAGGUGGUGGACAAUCCAGGGCCAACAACAUCAAAGGUUUCAAUCAAACAAGAGCCAGGUGUUGUGGCUAAUUUUGCUGCUGCUACUGUUCCCAAACUAACAAUCAAAAGUGAAUCACUGGAAAGGACAGUCGUGGCACAGACACUUUCAACAACCCUUGUACAUGUAAGUGAAUUGCAGAUGUUACUGAAAAAAAUCAUUUAA